AAAAAUAAAAAAACAUAUCCCAUAAUGCAUUGCGAAAACAGCAUUUUUUUUUAGCGGCAUAACGUAGCUAGCAAAUUAGCUAUCGAAGACAGAUAAAAUAUUGUUCAUUAAAGGUUAUACAAGGUUACAGUGUGUGUAUACGUCGCCCGGUUUCAGGUCACUGCACCCACCUCCCAAGAUGUCGUACCCCCCUCACCUGAACCGCCUCCCCCAGUUGCCCCCCGGGAUUUGCCCUCCCCAAUUCGCGGGGUUCCCCCAGGGAGUCCCAGCAGGUACGCCCAUGAUUCCAGUCCACAUGGGGAUUAUGACCUCUGCGCCCGCUGUCAUGGUUCCUACCACAGUGUCUAUGGUCCAGAUGCCUCCUGGCCCUAGGAAGGAUCUGAACCCAGCCCGAGUCAAGGAGAACCAGGAGGGGGGCAGUGGAGACCCCACCACCACAGUGUUUGUCGGGAACAUCUCAGAGAAGGCUUCAGACAUGCUGGUCAGACAGCUGUUAGCGAAAUGUGGCCUGGUCCUGAGCUGGAAGAGAGUCCAAGGGGCUUCUGGGAAACUGCAAGCAUUUGGUUUCUGUGAGUACAAGGAGCCAGAGUCCACCCUGCGUUCCCUUCGUCUGCUACAUGAGCUGUUGCUGGGAGACAAGAAGCUGCUGGUUAAGGUGGAUGCUAAGACCAAGGCCCAGCUUGAAGAAUGGAAGGCUAGGAAGAGGAACGCCAACGGGGGAGCCAAGUCUGAGGACGGGCCCAAGGAAGAAGAGGAUGAGGAAGAGGUUCUUGACGAAGACACAAAGCGUCGUGACCAGAUAGUGAAAGGGGCGAUCGAGGGGUUGAUCCGGGAGUACGGCAGUGAGCUCAACGCACCUUCUCAGGACGGAGACAACCAGCCCCGCAAGAAGAAGAGAGAGAAGAAAGAGGAGGAGGACAUCAAUGUGAUGGAGAUGGAAGAUGACAAAAGAGACCUGAUAUCCAGGGAGAUCAGUAAAUUCAGAGACACUCACAAGAAACUGGAGGAGGAGAAGGGAAAGAAAGAGCAGGAACGGCAAGAGAUCGAUAAGGACAGGAGGGAGAGGGACAAAGAGAGGGAGCGAGAGAGGGAGCGCCGGGACCGCGAGAGGGAGAAGGAGAGAGAGAAGGAGAAGGAACGAAACGAUAACAACAACAAGGAGAGGGAGCGGGACAGAGACCGGGAUCGAGAACGGAUCGAUCGGGACCGUGAACGGGCGAGGGAGAGGGAGAGGGGGCGAGGGAGAGGGAGGGAGGAGGGAGUCACAGGAGAUCCAGGUUGGGAGCGAAACAGGUGGAAGGAGAGGAGUGAAACAGGUUGGUAUGAAGUUAACGCUGAAACAAGGUUCAGAAACAUAGACCGCAGUAGAUCCAGAGAACGGAGCCGCGAUGAGAAGAAACACGACCGCGAGGAGGAUCAGGAGGAGGCGUACGAACGCAGGAAACUGGAGAGGAAGAUGAGGGACAAGGAGACUGCCUACCAGGAACGUCUGAAGAACUGGGAGAUGAGAGAGAGGAAGAAGACUCGGGACUACGAAAAAGAGAACCAACGAGAGGACGAGAGACGGCGUGAGAUGACAAAAGAAGGCAAGCGCCUGAAAGAGUUCCUGGAAGAUUAUGACGAUGACAAAGACGACCUGAAAUACUACAGGGGUAGUGCUUUACAGAAGCGUCUGAGAGACCGUGAGAAGGAGACGGAGCUGGAUGAUAGAGACAGGAAGAGGGAGAAGGAGGAGCAUGAUCAGAUUAGACAGAGACUGUUAGCUGAGGGACACCCAGACCCUGAGGCCGAGCUGCAGAGGAUGGAGGAGGAGGCAGAGCGGAGGAGGCAGCCCCCAGUGAAGCCGGAGGAGGAGGUGCAGCAGGAGAAACCAAACCGAGAGAGGGAGCACCGAGAGAGGGAGCACCGAGAGAGGGAGCACCGAGAGAGGGAGCACCGGGAGAGGGAGCACCGAGAGAGGGACCACCACAGGGACAGGAGAGGAGCAGACAGGCCUCCUCUCCAGCACCUUCAACCCCAAUCAGACGAUGACUUGGAGGAAGGGGAGGAGCUUGAUGAUUGUGACCGGGAGGACUCAUCAGAUGCCAGGCCAAACCCAAACCUGAAGCCCACAAUGCGGCCAAUAACAUCGGCCCCCUCGGUGUCGUCGGGCAGCGGCGGCGCCACACCCAACUCCCCCGGCAACGAGUCUCCCUGCGGCAUCAUCAUCCCUCAUGAAAAUUCUCCUGAAGCCCGGCCCACUGAAGAACAGCAUCCCAAGAUUGGCCUCAGCCUCAAACUGGGCGCCAGCCCCAACCAUCAGAUCCACACUGGGAGUAAACGUAAGAAGCUGGCCAACGUCGACAGCGUCUUCAACAAGUUCGGCGAGGAGGAGGCGGACGAGGCGCCUCGUAAACGUAAGCUGGUUCCACUGGACUACGGCGAGGAUGAUAAGAGCUUGGGUCUGGACGGGGCAGAGGUACCUGGAGGGAAAGGAGGGCAAAACACAGAGGAGAAACGAAAACACAUCAGGAGUCUCAUUGAGAAGAUCCCUACGGCCAGACCGGAUCUGUUCAACUACCCUCUGGACUGGACUGCAGUGGACUCGACUCUGAUGGAGCGUCGCAUCAGGCCCUGGAUCAACAAGAAGAUUAUAGAGUACAUCGGAGAGGAGGAAGCUACGCUAGUGGACUUUGUCUGUUCGAAGGUGAUGUCUCACGGCACACCGCAGGGGAUCUUGGAUGAUGUUGCCAUGGUUCUGGACGAAGAGGCCGAGGUGUUCAUAGUUAAAAUGUGGAGGUUGUUGAUCUACGAAACGGAGGCCAAGAAGAUUGGUCUGGGGAAAUGAAGACUAGUACUACUUUCUAGUACUACUACAGUACUACUUUCUAGUACUACUACAGUAUCACUGUUGUGAGGGACAGUUUUUUUUUUUCUUCUUUUUCUCCGGCUUCAAGUCUCUUUAUUUCUCUUGACUGAUCACACGGACACCUCUCACUCACUAGGGUGUUGAGACUAUGAGCAUGGGCCUAUUACCAGUCCUCUCCCCCCCAAAAAAAGAUCUCUUUUAAAUGAGUAUAAACUUCCCUGAGUCAAUACAUGUUAGAAGCACCUUUUUGCGGUGAUAUACAGCUAUGUCUUUCUAGGUAAGUCUCUUAAUAAGAGCUUUUCACACCUCGAUUGUACAAUAUUUUUGCCGUUUAUUCUUUUAUUUUUUUUAAUCUUCAAACUCUGUCACGUUGAUUGUUGAUCAUUGCUAGACAACCAUUUUCAAGUCUUGCCAUAGAUGUUCACAGCAAUUUUAAGUCAAAACUGUAACUAGGCCACUCAGGAACAUUCAAUGUCGUCUUGGUAAGCAACUCCAGUGUAGAUUUGGCCUUGUGUUUUAGGUUAUUGUCUUUGCUGAAAGGUGAAUUUGUUUCCCAGUGUCUGUUGGAAAGCAGACCGAACCAGGAUUUCCUCUAGGAUUUUGUCUGUGCUUAGCUCCAGUCCGCUUCUUUUUAUCCUAAAAAAAACUCCCACAUUGAGUACCACUCUUCAUAUUCUCAAGCAUGGCAGUGCCUGCAUCAUGUUAUUUGUAUGCUUGUCAUUGGCUGUGUUGGAUUUGCCCCAAGCAUAACACUUUGUAGUCAGGACAAAAAAGUAAAUUUUUUUGCAGUCUUACUUAAGUGCCUUGUUGCAAACAGGAUGCGUGUAAGGGAAUAUUUUUUAUUCUGUACAGGCUUCCUUCUUUUCACUCUUGUCAUUUAGGUUAGUAAUUGUGGAAAAACUACAAUGUUGUUGAUCCAUCCUCAGUUCUCUCCUUAUAACAGCCAUUAAACUCUGUAAACUGUUUUAAAGUCACCAUUGACCUCCAUGGUGAAAUCCCUGACAGGUUUCCUUCCUCUCCGGCAACUGAGUUAAGAAGGACGCCUGUAUCUUUGUAGUGACUGGGUGUAUUGAUACACCAUCCAAAGCCUAAAUUAAUAACUUCAUCAUCGCUCAAAGGGAUCUUCAAUGUCUGCUGUUUUUAUUUUCUACACAUCGGUUGAAAAACCUCCCUUUGUGGUUAAAUCUUUGCUUGUAAAUUCACUACUCGAUUGAGGGACCUUACAGAUAAUUGUGUGUGGGGGAUACAGAGUUGAGGUAGCCAUUAAUUUUUUUUUUUUUUAAAUGUAAACAAUUUUAUUGAACACGGAAUUAGUCCAUGCAAAUUAUUGUGUUUUUUUUUUGUACUUAUUUAGGCUUGCCAUAACAAAGAGGUUGAAGACGUGUUGAUUCAAGACAACUUUAAAUUCAUUAAUAAAAAACAAAAUAUUUUUUUUUUUUUUAAAUUCA